ACCAAGGAGAUAUGCAUUCAGGUCAGCUAGAGAGAGGAAAGGAAGUGUCCAUCACCAACUUGCCUAAUAUUACUGUGGGGGAAGUGGCAGAGUUUGUGAGACAAGAGAUGAUAAGGCAGUACAUGUGUGCUGAGAUUGACAAUCCAUUCUCUAAGCUGACACCAGGAUACAACAACGGGAAAGCUGCACUAACUCUCCAGUUUCAUGACAGUGGCCUGGCAAAGGCUGUGGUACAGGAACUGGAUGGGCUUAAUUGCUGUGGGUCAAUCCUAAAUAUGAAGAUUGUGAAUGACAAAGGCUUCACCUCAAAGACAUUUUCCAACACUUCAAGGAAGAACAAAAUGGCAAAGAAUUUCAACACAGGUGUGGAAAAGGGAAAUGAGGUCUUUGUGGGUAAUGUGAAAAGAGACUGUACCGAGGGUGAAUUUAGACAGUUUUUUGAAGACGCCAUUCAUCAGCUAGUUUUGCUGCAUCCGUCAGAUUUUCAUCUGAAAAUGAACUUCAAGCCACGCAGACCUUUUCACUUUCUUAUCUUUGAUGACCCCCAUGUUGCAAGUGAAGUCGUCAGACAUUUGAAUCAUGUGAAAUUCAAAGCAGUUCUCUUAGGCUGCGUUUAGCCGUAAAGUAGACACAUCACCAAGAUGUCACCAAAAAGUAAACAUCAUAAAGUAGACAUACUGUGUUGUUCCUUAAUAUAUCUGUGAGAAUGUUGUAUGUAAACAUAACACAUGGAACAAGGUAUACCUCUGACCAUAUUACAUAAAGCAGAUGUGUGGAGUCUAACUCUGAGAGAAUUUCAGCAUUGAGCAAACUUGUUUGUAUGGAUCCUAAAUCUGUUCAUUUCCUGCAAUGUGAAUGAAGAUCUGCUCAUGGUGACCGUUAAGCCCUUAGCCAGUGAGCUGUUGUCUUUGAUUUCAGCUCUUACUGGUUCAGCUGCAACUUUAAGUCCGGAUUAUUGCCAGAUACCUAGCAAAAGCUUACAUCUAGCACUUCAGAUUCCUCCAUCUGUAAACCUGACUGCUGUCAUGUGAGGAAUCCUUGAGUACAGUGUUAAACACAAAUCUUGCAAAUGAUGUGUCUUCUGUUCCUUGAUUGAUGUAAUAUUUUGUUCCCAUAUAAUACACUUUUAGAUUGUUUGAAGGUAACAAUAAGUUCCAUUUGAUUGUUGUAUUGUGAUCUAGUACUGUGACUGAUCAAAGGAGGUGUACGUACAUUUCUGUGGAUGACUGGUAAAUACAGUAGGUCCCACAUGGACAUUGCUGUAGAAGACUGGUGAAUACUGCAGGUCCCACAUGGACAUUGCUGUAGAUGACUGGUGAAUACUGCAGGUCCCACAUGGACAUUGCUGUAGAAGACUGGUGAAUACUGCAGGUCCCACAUGGACAUUGCUGUAGAUGACUGGUGAAUACUGCAGGUCCCACAUGGACAUUGCUGUAGAAGACUGGUGAAUACUGCAGGUCCCACAUGGACAUUGCUGUAGGUGACUGGUGAAUACUGCAGGUCCCACAUGGACAUUGCUGUAGAAGACUGGUGAAUACUGCAGGUCCCACAUGGACAUUGCUGUAGAUGACUGGUGAAUACUGCAGGUCCCACAUGGACAUUGCUGUAGAUGACUGGUGAAUACUGCAGGUCCCACAUGGACAUUGUUGUGAUUGAUUAGUAAAUACUGUAGGUCUCACAUGGUAAUUGCUUUGGAUGACUAGUAAAUACUGUGGGUCCCACGUGGACAUUGCUGUGAAUGACUGGUAAAUACUGUAGGUCCCACAUGGACAUUGCUGUGGAUGAGUGGUAAAUACUGC